CCUCCAAGAGGCGCUUGGAAGUCCAGGAAGCACUGCAUCCUGGGAUUUGUAGUUUCUCGGGCGGACUGGGGUGGGGUUCUGUGGGUGCUUGGCCCGAAGCAGCACUGCAUCCUGGGGCUUGUAGUUUCUCCUACUUCGUGUUCCGGCUUGGAGUGGUGGGUGGUAGCGGUGGUCCCUGCCUCUUGGAUCCGGGUAUAGCUACAAGUGGAGGGCUUUGAAGGACGUGGUGUGAACGUGUGCUUCCUAUGCUAACAAGACUGUGCGCCUGACAGGUGGCGGCUGGCGUUUGUGGGACGCAGCGAUGCGCGAUGGGCGUCUGAGCUGCCGCGCUCUCCGGGGCCCGUUUCCUCUGUUCCCGCAGAUGCCUGUUUGUUGGGAAGGAUGUGUUCGAUGCCUACAUACACAGGUUAGCAAUUCUGAAGAUGGAAGACUGAUUUAUACUGGGAAUCUGGCCCGGGCUGUAUUCGGUGUUAAAUGUUUCUCUUACUCUACAAGUGUGAUCAGUCUUGCAUUUCUGCCGUACAUUUUUGCCCAAAGUAAUUUAUUUGGAAGCUUGCCUCUGCAAGUCUUGUUUUAUGGCAUCGUCGGCAGCUUCACUCUGAUCACCCCAGCACUCCUUCACUUCGUGACGAAAGGCUACGUUGUCCGGUUGUACCAUGAGGCCACGACGGACACUUACAGAGCCGUAACCUAUAACGUUGUACUUUCAGAAACCAGCACGGUGUUUCAGCAGAGCGACGUGGAGAUUCCAAACAGUGCACACGUGUUCACCACCUUUUAUGCGAAAGGAAAAUCACUGUUAGUUAAUCCAAUGCUCUUUCCAAACCCUGAAGACUAUAACCAUCUAAUGGGUUAUGACAAACCAUUCACUUUUGGUGUGGAAGAUGACAGUGAAAAGAAACCGCUUAAGGAUGAAAAAUAGAGCUUAUCAUUUUUGUUUGUACUUAAAAGUGAUUUAUGUUUCAAUAAAUUGAUUUAAUGUAA